AUGGAUACUGCACCUGCACCUACGCUGUUCUUGGCUUUGCCUGCCGAAAUCGUUCAGCACAUUCUCAGCUUCCUGUCACUCUCCGAUUUACUCACAGUCAGUCUCGUUAACCACGCGCUGAACGAGCAUUCACAGCAAGACACAUUAUGGCAGCCAUUCGUGCAAGAACAAGUCCCAGGACACAACGUACCAAAGCCCAAGAACCUGACAUGGAAGGAGCUGUUCCAACAACACCACCCCUACUGGUUCCUAGCCAAGAACAAGAUCUGGUUCGCCGACACUGCACACACCGGUAAACUACUCGUCGCUCGGUAUGACCAUAGAAUCAACGCAAUCGAAGCCUACGCGCUAGUAGCCGAACGAAGGCAACCCGUAAUGCAGAUAUGGGAAUGGAACCCAGAAGUCAUCAUCCACACAUUCCAGCCAAAAGUCCAACUAGACCUGGUCUCUCCCGUCAUUCGACUCAAUGGCAACUCCUACGAGCGCAUCUACGGCCACCGGCUCCAACACGAAAUCCACAUGGACGUGCACCAUGAGGCACCCUUGGUGUCCGCCGGCAUUCACUCCAGACUGAUGCUCACCCGCCCAUGGCCGAAAGACAUAACCACCAACGCGACUCCCGUCUGGCCGCCUCUUAUCCUCCCCAGCGCAGACCGAACGCGGAAUGAUACGAGUCCGUCCGGUUUCCGCCAUACCGCCAGCAAGCCAGCGAGGAUGCAUGAGCUCUCGACGUCCACGUUCAGGAUAAGAAAGUGGAUGGAAUUCGCCUCACGGCCCAAUGGGGUAUCGAUGCGCAUCGGUGAGGAUAUAACCACGUUCGCCACACUGCGUGAGCACUGCUACACGCCCACGCCCCAGAAACCCUGGCAGGGAAUCUGGUGCGGCGACUAUGCCGGGCACGGAUGCGAAUUCCUCCUCGUCACACAGCCAGACGAAUCUCCACCGCUCCCCGAGAGAGCGGAAUGGGCGAUGCGCGCCAGAGAGCGAGAGGGCAGUGUGAGCAGUGCGGGCAGUUGGAGUACCGCGCCCACGCACGCAGACACGUCUUCCUCACCCUCGGACGCGGGAGAUAUGUUCGAGACAGCGGAUGAUCUGGAAGACAGCGUGGCGACGCUGCAAGGCGCAGACAUUGGGGAUGACUACUCGAUGAUUGAUUCCGAAGAACUUGCGACGGGUGAUGACGAGUUGGUAUGCCGCGGACGCAUUGAGGCGAUCAAGCUCACGGGGGAUCCAAAUAUACCGCGCGGAGAGUACACGUUCAUCGCUCCAGACAUUGGUCCGAGUGGGUUGAUACGCGUUGCGACCGAGGAGAUGUUCAAGGGUGCGAGGAUUGUUAAGAGCGUGGGGCAUAUUGCUGCUCGUGGUUUUAGAGAAGAUGCAGACACGUACAUGACUUCGCAACUCAUACUCAUCUCGCACGAUCGACUGGCGCAGUACUGGGAGACUUUUGGCCAUGUGUCGUUUUAUCAGCGGGUGGACCUUGAUGACUUUGUUGAAGUGUAAGCGCGAAAAGGGAUGGGUUGAGCGAAUAGCAACGCUCAAGUAAUGGAGUGAAAUAAUCAUCUGCACUCAACAACUGACGUCUCCACAAAUAGGACAUGAAAGAUGGAGACAGUGUAAGAACAAACUGAUAGUCUAGCUUGCACGCUUUGCCGCGCACAUCUGGUAUCUAAGCAAAUCCACUGCCCAAGCGCCCGCCUUCUUUCCAAACGCCACGCUGAUGCCCUAACCCAUGAUCCAAAGAUGGCUGGAGCCAUGUACUUCUUCGCCCCCCUCCCCACUCAGUCGAGAUCGUCGUCGUUCUCAGCCUUCUCGUCGCCCUUACCGUGAGCAGCCUGCAACUCCUCCUCCUCGCUCUUCGUGCCCUCAGCCUUCGCCUGCUCCGUG